UAACUUCCGAGCAAUCCAGGUCAGCCUCAAAUUCAGGGGGAUAAAAAUUCAAAGGCUCAGAGGAGAAGUUGCUGUCUGCCUUUGCCACCCUUUGUUUUCAGACCAAGGAAGUCAUCUGGCAGAAUGACCCUCCUUCUCUUCCUCAGCUUCUUGGGCUUGUUGUCCAGUUGCUGGGGUGGAAUCCUUCCUGCUCAAGUCCCCCAAGUUUCUCCUCUCUUUUCUCCCCAUGCCUGUAAUCAAUCUCUAGUGUUGACCAUGGUGGAUAUUACUUUGCAAGACAUCAAUAAGGACCAAAAGGAAGGCUACAUCUUGCGCCUUAAUCGAGUGGUUGAUGCCCAAGAGAAUCGUCAGGGAGGUCCAGACUCCAUCUUCUACCUCACCUUUGAUGUAUUAGAGACCUCCUGCCAUGUACUCAGCAAGAAAAAUUGGAAGAAUUGUGAGACCAGGAACCUUCACGAAUUGGUAUAUGGCCGGUGCAAAGCCCUAUUUUAUGUUAACCCGACCAGAAGGAUUCUAUACCCAUCUGCCUAUAAUUGCACCAUUCGUCCAAUUUCUAAAAGGAACGUUCACAUGAUGUGCCCUGAUUGCCCAUUCCCCGUUCAGGCCAACUACUCUGAUCCUUCGGUUUUUCAAGCCGUUAGUGAAUCUCUGGCAAAAUACAACAAGGAAGUUGCAGUAGGAAAGAAAUUAUGUUUCUUCCAAGUCACCCGAGCUUCUACCCAGUGGGUAGUAGGCCCUGCUUACUUUGUGGAAUACUUGGUCACAGAAGGGCCCUGCACUGAAGGACAGCAACAUUUGAAGCCAGUUGUUGAUGCCGAGCCUGUAGGGCUUUGCAAGGGUUCUCUGACAGAUUCUAGAGCCCUCUUAGAGAAAUUCAUCUCUGUGUCCUGUGAAUUCUUUGAAACUCAGCCCACCGUGGCCCCUGAGAGCCAGCCCACAGAAUCCCAGAAUGGACAGCAGCCAGCCUGCCCCACCACGGCUUCCCUACAGGAAACUAAAGGAACUGUCCAGUUCUUAAAUGACGUGGAUGAUAGGAAAGACAAAGACCACCAGGAAAAGCAAUCCCUUCCGCCCAUCCCUGUGCAGAUGGACUCUACUUCGGGGAAACCCAUAUACCUCCCACCUCACAUUCGAACCUUCGUUCUAUCAAAAGACUUGCCAAUGGUGUUUCCUUUCCCAGAAGGUUCAAGAUCACCUGAGUGUCCAGGACCUGCUGAGAACGCUAAUCCUCUGAUUCUUCCACCGUGAAAGUCACAUCACCAUAAAAGCCAAGGAGAGGGAGAGGGAGAAAAUAAAGGCUUAAACUUUUAAAAA